CUUGAGAAGUCGAUCGACUAUAAAUAAGAAACCACAGUUCUUAGUGAAUUUCUCAUCCGCAUCUAUGUCCAAGUCUCUACUGAGCCUUCAAUAUGUCUUCCCUUACUGUGAAUAUCUCCCCCGAAACCUCCAUACACGCGCGUAUCACUCGACCUAUCACCCCCUCUAAUAAACCUCUUCUUGUCUUCCUCCACUACUGGGGCGGUUCUUCCUCCACCUGGCACAAGCUCACAUCACCCGGCUCUCCAACAACCCUCGUUACAUCCUACCCAACCGUUGCCCUCGACCUACGAGGCUGGGGUGAAUCCACCGGACCAUCAGACACACACGCCGCACAUUAUUCCAUCUCCGCCCUAGCCUCUGACGUUGCUUCCGUCUUGCAACACAUCCAGUCGAACAGCAACACCCGCGACCUAUUAGCCCAUGGCUUCCUUCUCGUCGGGCAUUCUAUGGGCGCGAAAGUGUCGCUCGCCACCCUCUCCAUCCUCCCAGCUCAGCUCCUCCAGCAACUAAGAGGUCUCGUCCUGGUAGCUCCAGCGCCACCGACAUCGUUAGAGCUUCCUUCUGAAAUGAAAGAUCAGCAAAAAGUUGCUUAUCAGAAUGAGAAAUCGAUCCGGUGGACGGUCGAGAACGUGCUUGCCAAUGCCCAUAAGCUAAGUGAACAAGACAUGGACUUGAUUAUUCGGGUCAGUCUGAGUGGGAAUCAGCUGGCCAAGGAGGCAUGGCCGGCUUAUGGCAUGCAGGAGGAUAUCACGGAGAAUGCAAAGAGAGCUCUGGGUUUGGUUAGCUAUGAUGGGUUCCGAGUCCGUGUGCUUGUUGGGGAAUUGGAUAUUGUGGAGCCGAAGGAGCGGGUUGAGGAUGAGGUUGUUCGCUUCUUCCAGGAGAUUGGAGUCGGGGUUUCUUUGAGGACUGUUGAGGGUGUUGGGCAUUUGAUUCCGUUGGAAGAUCCGGAGGUGGUUCAGAACGAGAUUGCUCAUUUUUGAUCAGGAUUUAUCAUUAUUGAAGGAUAAAAUUGGGUCACAUCUCAGCGCAGUAUCUCUUAGCAAAAUGGUCUUCAGUGUGUUAUCCUGGGUCAAAAGGGUGACUUUUCUUGCUCGGAUUCAGAAUAAUAUAUUUAACCGAGUGUUCAAGUAGGUAAGAUGUGAUUCGGGGUCAACAAAUAAGCUGCACUGGG